CGAAUGAAGUGCAACAAGUCAGCACAGUGCGACCGCAGAUCGAAUCGAAAAUCGAUAAAUACGAAAUUAUUAAUAAAUUUAUUUAUGUAUAAAUAAUCUUAUGCAUUUAGAAAUAUAUACAUUUGUAUCAUAACUUUUUUGUAUUCGAGUUGUGUUUUAUCUGCCCCCAAAAGUGUUUCCCGCUUAUUUUAUCAUAAGUAAAGUGCACAACGACACAUCAUAAAAUUAUAACAACAAUAAAAAAAAACGAUUGUCACAAGUGUAAAUGCGCCCAAAAAAUGCUCACAUCGAAAAUAGCCGAUCUAUGUUUAAUGAGUUUGAUUGUAAAAAAAAAUUGAAAGUUGAGUAGUGUGUUAGUUACGAACUCACCAGCAUACUUUUAUUUACGUUUCGGUAUACAUUUGUAAUGCCCUUUUUUUGCUGCCAAGUCUAUUUGAAAGUAUAAUUAAAUUAUUGUGUUCUCAUCUCAUUAAUUUAUUAUUAAAUUUUUAAACGAAUCAAAAGGCAGAGUGAACCGGAAAUCGAAAAAAUAUCAAAAAAAAAAUUAUAAUAAUAAUAUUACGAGAAGUCCAAGGCAGCAACCGGAACUUCGAGAUCACGGAUAAAUUUUUUACUGACACAAUUUGCCUUGACAAAUUGAAAAUGAAGAACAGUACGUUGGAUAAAAUCUGCAGCUUCCUCGGCGAACUCAUCGGCACCGGACUGCUGGUCUUUCUCGGCUGUAUGGGGUGCGUAAAGAAUGCUGCCUACGAAAAUAAUCACUACCAAAUGACUUUUAACUUCGGUUUGGUCGUCUUGGUGAUAAUCCAAUGUUUCGGCUGUGUCUCCGGUGCACAUCUGAAUCCGGCCGUAACCUUGGCUGCCUACAUAUACAAUUUGGUUUCAUUGCCAAUGGCUGCUAUCUAUUUUGUCGGACAAAUGUUGGGCGGUUUCAUUGGUUACGGUCUGCUGAAGGCGCUCAUACCACAGAAUGCCGUCUCAUUGGACGGACCACACAAUCUCUGCGUUACCACUGUGCAUGGCGACAUUAACGCCUGGCAGGGCUGCGCUAUUGAGUUUAUCAUCACCGGUGUGUUGAUUUUGACCUGCUGCGGUGUCUGGGACCCACGUAAUGCUAAAUUCCAUGACUCAGUGCCAAUUCGUUUCGGUUUGGCCAUCGCUUGUCUUGCCAUCACAGCGGGUCAAUUCACUGGCGCCAGCAUGAAUCCAGCUAGAUCUUUCGCUCCUGCUCUGUGGAAUUCAGACUUUCAGGAUCACUGGGUAUACUGGGUUGGUCCACUAGCCGGCUCAGCGGUGUGUGCUAUCGUCUAUAAGGUGAUCUUCAGACGCGAAGUUGUUGAGGAGAAGGUCAACAACAAAUUGCGCGCCAUGGAGGAGGUGCCACUCUCAUAAGCCACAAACACACUCUCUUAGCGUACGACAUUUAUCACUCGAAAUACCAAAGAGCGGUUCAAAAGAAACAAAUCGACAUCCGCGCGGAUGUUGCAGAACAAUACGAACUUCCUGAGUUGGAAAUGUUUUAAUUUUUUGUUUUAGAAUAUUUAUCUACUUAAGAAGUGCAUUUAGUAAGUCUGCAAAGCAGAUGAAUUUUAUAUAUUUUAGUUUUUGUAAAU